AUGCUGCUCAGUCACUUCUUUGUCCUCGUUGGCCUCGCAGGUACUGCUUUGGCUGUUCCAGCACCCGAGCCUGGGCCUGAUGUUGAAAUGAUGAAACGAGCCGAAGAAGCUCAGCAGAACGGCCAAAAUGAGAACUGGGGCCCUGGUUGGGGCGGCGGUUGGGGCGGCGGCGGUGGAUGGCGUGGCGGUGGAUGGAAUGGUGGAUGGCGAGGUGGUGGCUGGAGAGGUGGGUGGUAA